AUUGUAAAGUAGUUUCCUUCUUCAAAUGCACAGUUGUGUAAACGCUUGCAUAUACUUUACCUCUGCUUGGGUAUUGUGUUCUACGUUAUUUAUAAACAGUGGCAUAAGGUAUUGAGAUUACUUAAGUUUAAACGACAUUGCUGGGCGUUUUUAUUACACUUAUAAUCAGCUAACAUGGCGACUAAAGUGGAUUAUAAUUUCCUCGGAAGGUCUGGGGUGAAGGUCUCGAACCUCUGCCUAGGCGCCAUGACCUUUGGCUCGACCGAUAAGGGUAUGUUCCCAGCGUUCUAUAGCAAUCCAAGACAGCUCAACGAAGAGGCGUCGCACCAGAUCCUUGACAAAUUCGUGGAACUGGGCGGCAACUUCAUCGAUACAGCCGACAUCUAUGCAAACGGAAAUUCCGAGAAAAUCAUUGGAACAUGGCUUCAAAACAAGUCGCGAGAUGACAUCGUCAUUGCGUCGAAGGCGGGCAUCCCGAUGGACAUGACCCGACUGAACAACGGUGUGGGUCUCAGCAGACGACACAUUGUGGAGAGUCUGGGACCCAGUCUGGACAGACUGCAGACGAACUAUCUGGACCUCUAUCAGGGCCACGUAUGGGACAACGGAACUCCCUUGGAAGAGACGUUACGUACGUUCGAUGACCUCGUGCGCUGCGGAAAGAUCCGUUACUAUGGUUUCAGUAACGUUUGCGGCUGGCAGUUGCAAAAAAUUGCGGAUACGGCAAAGAUGCUGAAUUUGAAUCCUUGUAUAACAUUACAGCAACAGUACAGCUUGUGUGAGCGCGACUCGGAGCUGGAGGCGUUCCAGGUGUGUCAGAACGAGGGCAUCGCAGUGUUGCCAUGGAGCCCGCUCAAGGGAGGCUUGCUGACCGACAAACUCAAGCGGGAUGUUAGACCGGACCCCAAGGAAAGUAGGGCCGGGUAUCUGGCAGAGAAACUGGCCGAGGGGAAAAACUGGUGGAGCCCGUGGGACGAGGAGAAAGACAACGACAACUACUGGAAAACAAUCGACGUCUUGAAAACAAUAGCAAAGGACAAAGACAAGUCAGUGGCCCAGGUGGCGCUGCGCUGGCUGAUACAACAGGAAGUGGUGUCCUCAGUGAUCAUCGGAUGUACUUCCGUUCAGCAGCUGGAGGACAACAUGGGCGCUUCUUCCGGUUGGGAGCUCUCCCCAGAGGAGAUGAAGCAGCUGUCAGACGCAGCGCCACUACGCAAGCCGUACCCGUACGGAUUUAUCUCCUCAUUCGCCAGCAACAGAACAAAUCCCUUCGCGCGGUCCGUUAAAAUGUCAUAGACUGACGCGCUUUCGCAAACGGUUGUUGGGAUAACACCUUAUAAUUUAAUUGAUAAAAUUAAAAACGUGUCAUCUUCGGACAUGCAUCUUUUUCAGACAUUAAACAUAUCUACCGUGUUUGCAGUGUGUGUUAUAAAUAUAAUUUAUUCAAAUAUGUGUAUGAGUUGAAACCAAAGAUUUGUUCAUGUGUAUAUUAUUCAUUAUAGAAAUUAUAGUAUUUCUGUAAACAAAUGUCAUUGUAGCAGUGACAUUAUUUGAAUAAAAGAAAUUCAGCGAA